AUGGAGGAAUUGAAUUUAGAUUUGCAGCUCAAUGUGGGUGCACAUGGUACUGGUACAAGAUUGCCUCCCAUUGAGGAGCAAGUGAUCAGCAUGAAGCUGGUUACUCCCGCCAAGGGAACACUAGAGAUUUCAAAAGAAAAAGAUCCGGAACUGUUUUAUCUAGCUCGUUCUGGUCUUGGGGGACUUGGAGUGAUUGCUGAAGUCACAAUCCAAUGUGUUGAGAGACUCGAGCUUGUGGAGCAUACAUUUGUCUCUGAUAUGAAUGAGAAUAGAAAAAAUCACAAGAAAAGGCUCGCUGAAAAUAAGCAUGUGAAAUACUUGAGGAUUCCAUACAUAGAUACAGUUGUGGUUGUGAGUUGCAACCCUGUUUCAAAGUGGAGAGGUCCAACUAAGUACAAACCUAAAUAUGGAAAGGAUGAAGCACUACAGCCUGUUCGUGAACUCUACCAGGAGUCACUCAAGAAAUAUGCAGCUGUAGGAACAGCUGCUCAAUUUUCACCAAGUAAUGAACCAGGCAUAAAUGAGCUUUCAUUCACUGAACUGAGGGAUAAACUUCUUUCACUUGAUCCACUCAAUAAAGAGCAUGUCAUAAAGGUCAAUCAUGCCGAAGCUGAAUUCUGGAAGAAGUCCGAGGGUUACAGAGUGGGUUGGAGUGAUGAAAUUCUGGGAUUUGAUUGUGGUGGCCAACAAUGGGUCUCAGAGACCUGUUUCCCUGCAGGAACCUUACCUAAGCCAAGCAUGGAAGACCUUAAAUACAUUGAAGAUUUGAAGCAGCUCAUUGAGAGGGAAGGGAUACCAGCACCUGCUCCUAUAGAGCAGAGGUGGACUGCACGGAGUAAGAGCCCUGUGAGUCCUACUUCAAGCACAGGGGAAGAAGACAUAUUCUCUUGGGUGGGAAUAAUCAUGUACCUUCCUACAAUGGAUGCCCGCCAGAGAAAGGAAAUUACGGAGGAGUUCUUCCAUUACAGGCGCUUGACUCAGUCACGGUUAUGGGAUGAAUAUUCUUCUUAUGAACAUUGGGCUAAGAUUGAGGUUCCGAAGGACAAGGAAGAGCUUGCAACCCUCCAAGAGAGAUUAAAGAAGCGCUUUCCAGUUGAUACGUACAACAAAGUUCGGAGGGAGUUGGACCCCCACAAAAUCUUUUCUAAUGCCAUGUGUUAG